AUGACGGCAGAAACCGCAGCUCCGUGUGUUCAAAGUGUACAAAGUGUACCCAGUGGCGUUAUGGUAGACGAGACAAGUGGAAUAGAUCAGCAAAAUCAUCAUCAGCAGCAGCAUCAUCAUCAAAAAUCCCUCAUAAACAAUGUCAGUAGUAACAAUACAUCACCGACAAAUCGGCCACUAUUAUCACCCGGCUUUCCAAACUCAUCAUCGAAUCCUCCGGAAUAUAAUCCGGAAUACGCGAGUAUGGAAUCCUGGCUUGAUGAACAUCCAGACUUUGUUAAUGAUUAUUUUCUCAGAAAAGUGACACGGCAGACUGUCGACGCGUGGUUAGUAAUGCACGCAACGCCAACAGCAUCAUCAGCAAGUUGCAUGAUGGACGGCAUGAUGAGCGGUCAGAAUCACUGCUCACAAAAUUCAAACGCUUGUAAUAAUGCCGGUAGCACUACUGUUACGUCACCGGGUGGUGGAUCAGGUGCUACAACACCGGUUCGCAAAAUAUCAGCACACGAAUUUGAACGUGGUGGAUUACUUAAACCGAUUGUCAAUACUAUUGACGGCACGCCGACAUUCCUAAGCAUCGCGCCUGAAGAUUCCGGACAGACCGGUGCUGGGCAACAGGGUGGCGGAACUAGUGGUGCUGUUAGGCCGCAACGAAAGUCCAGAAAUGAAUUACGGCAACUUGAUGAAAGAGAUCUUAUAUUUGAGUUGGUCAAGGAUAUAUGUAAUGAGCUGGACGUGCGAUCGCUGUGUCAUAAAAUCCUUCAGAAUGUCAGCAUGCUGUUGCAUGCAGACCGCGGAUCUUUGUUUUUGGUCCAGGGCGAGCGAAAGUGCGCCGCUGACAGCAACUUACGUUCCGAUAACUUCAAUCCUCUCAUCAGAGGGAGUUUCAAUAACAACAAUAAUAACAGCAUCAGUAAAAAUAAUAAUAAUAACAAUAAAAAUAAAAUUCCUGGUAAGAGUAAGAGCUCCGAUGAAUCAGUGAGUGAUAAUUUAAGUCCUCCAAAAUUAACACGCCCGAGAAGCAGGUGUCUCGUAUCGAAGCUCUUUGAUGUUUGCUCGAGAUCGACACUCGUCGAAAUGGAGAAAAAUGACGAGAUUAAAAUUCCUUGGGGCACUGGGAUUGUUGGAUUUGUUGCGGAGAGCGGCGAACCUGUUAAUAUUCCUGAUGCAUACAUGGAUGAUAGAUUUAAUCGCGAAAUAGAUGUGUUGACUGGGUACAGAACAAAAGCACUUUUGUGCAUGCCGAUAAAGGAUUGCAGCGGUGAUGUAAUAGGUGUUGCGCAAGUUAUCAAUAAAUUGGGCGGAGAAGCACAAUUUACGGUACAAGAUGAAAAAAUAUUCGCCAGUUAUCUUCAAUUUUGCGGGAUUGGCUUGAAGAAUGCACAGCUGUAUGAGAAAAGUCAGUUAGAGGUCAAGAGAAACCAGGUAUUAUUGGAUUUAGCUCGCAUGAUCUUUGAAGAGCAGAGCACAAUAGAGCAUAUGGUAUUUAGAAUUUUAACCCACACACAGUCUCUCAUUCAAUGCCAACGUGUACAGGUACUUUUAGUACAUAAAGCGUCAAAAGGAAGUUUUUCUCGGGUAUUUGAUUUUGAAGCAAAUGAUCUCACUGGCGAUGAUACGGAUUCUCGAACUAGUCCGUUCGAAAGUAGAUUUCCUAUAAACAUUGGUAUCACUGGGUAUGUUGCGACUACCGGUGAGACAGUAAAUAUUGCAAAUGCGUACGAGGAUACGCGAUUCGACCCUUCAGUGGACGAUGGUACUGGAUUCCGUCACAGGACAAUUCUUUGCAUGCCAAUAAAGAAUUCAUCCGGUCAAAUAAUUGGAGUUAUUCAGCUAGUAAAUAAAUUCGAAGAUCUUUUAUUUACUAAAAAUGAUGAGAAUUUCGUGGAAGCUUUUGCUAUUUUUUGUGGAAUGGGAAUUCAUAACACACAUAUGUAUGAAACAGCAAUCACUGCAAUGGCAAAGCAAAGUGUUACACUAGAAGUUCUAAGUUAUCAUGCGUCCGCCUCAAUAGACGAUGCAAUAAGAUUAAAGAGCUUAAGGGUGCCAUCCUCGGCAUACUUUCACCUCCACGAUUUCAAGUUCGAUGACAUACUAAUGGAGGACGAUGAUACUCUCACGGCGUGCUUAAGAAUGUUCCUCGACCUAGACUUUGUUGAACGGUUCCACAUUGACUACGAUGUACUUUGCCGUUGGUUAUUAAGUGUCAAAAAAAAUUAUCGUAAUGUUACUUAUCACAAUUGGCGACACGCCUUCAACGUUGCGCAGAUGAUGUUUGCGAUACUAACGGCGACGCAGUGGUGGAAGAUAUUUGGAGAAAUCGAGUGCUUGGCUCUUAUAAUUGCCUGUCUUAGUCUUGGCAACCAGAUCCUGUCAAACGUGUCACCCGAUGAGUACUCACGGAUUGUAAAAGUCCUCGAAGACGCAAUUCUUUCCACAGAUUUGGCGGUAUACUUUCGCAAACGAGGUGCAUUUUUCAGCAUCGCACGCGGUCAAACCUACAAUUGGGCGUUGACCGAGCACCGGGAGCUACUGCGCGGGAUGCUGAUGACUGUCUGCGAUCUUGCGGCAAUAACAAAGCCAUGGGAAAUAGAGAAACGCGUCGCGGAACUAGUCAGCAGCGAAUUUUUCGAGCAAGGGGACAUUGAGCGACGAACACUCAACAUCACUCCAAUCGCAUUUGCAUUGCUUUCUGACAAACUAAAUCCUCUGAUGGAAGGAGUAAGGGAAAAUAAAAAAAAAUGGCUCGAGUUAGCUGAAAGUACAUGCACAUCCGGGAAUUGUACUAACCACGAUAGGACGUCGAUAGAUCAACCAGAUAAAGAAGACGACAAACACGAAAAUAUUGUCGUUGAAUAA